UGCGCAUCCGGGUUACGCUAACGCCGCCGUUUCCUCCACCCGCCUGAUUCUGCUGUGGGUCUGGACUGGUCCCCAUGUCCUGCCCUGGGGCCUCUGUAGCCUUUGGACUGUGAAGUCUGCUGAGAGACACUUGCAAUCCAGUCACAUAAGCAUAAUAAAUAUUGGUCCUCAUGGAAGAAGAGCAGGAUUUACCAGAGCAACCUGUGAAAAAAGCCAAGAUGCAGGAAUCAGGAGAGCAAACUUUAAGUCAAGUAAGCAACCCUGAAGUCAAUGAUCAGAAACCUGAAACUUCAAGCCUUGCUUCAAACCUUACUAUGUCAGAGGAAAUUAUGACAUGCACCGAUUACAUCCCUCGCUCAUCCAAUGAUUAUACCUCACAAAUGUAUUCUGCAAAACCUUAUGCACAUAUCCUCUCAGUUCCUGUUUCGGAAACUGCUUACCCUGGGCAGGCUCAGUACCAGACACUGCAGCAGUCUCAACCCUACGCUGUCUACCCUCAGGCAACCCAAACGUAUGGACUACCUCCUUUCGGUGCAUUGUGGCCAGGUAUGAAACCUGAAAGUGGUUUAAUUCAGACUCCAUCUCCAAGUCAACACAGUGUUCUUACCUGCACUACAGGGUUAACCACAAGCCAGCCAAGCCCAGCACAUUAUUCUUAUCCCAUUCAAGCUUCAAGCACAAAUGCCAGCCUGAUAUCCACUUCAUCUACAAUUGCCAAUAUUCCAGCAGCAGCAGUUUCCAGCAUCUCAAACCAGGACUAUCCCACCUAUACUAUCCUUGGUCAGAGUCAGUACCAGGCCUGCUAUCCCAGCUCCAGCUUUGGAGUCACAGGCCAGACUAACAGUGAUGCUGAGAGUACCACCUUAGCAGCAGCCACAUACCAGACGGAGAAGCCUAGUGUCAUGGUUCCUGCGCCUGCAGCACAGAGACUUUCCUCUGGAGACCCUUCUACAAGCCCAUCUUUGUCCCAGACUACACCAAGUAAAGAUGCUGAUGACCAGUCCAGGAAAAACAUGACUGGCAAGAACCGGGGCAAAAGGAAAGCUGAUGCCAGCUCUUCCCAGGACAGUGAAUUAGAACGGGUAUUUCUGUGGGACUUAGAUGAAACCAUCAUCAUCUUCCACUCCCUUCUUACUGGAUCCUAUGCCCAGAAAUAUGGAAAGGACCCAACAGUAGUGAUUGGCUCAGGUUUAACAAUGGAAGAAAUGAUUUUUGAAGUGGCUGAUACACAUCUGUUUUUCAAUGACUUAGAGGAAUGUGACCAGGUGCAUGUGGAAGAUGUGGCUUCUGAUGACAAUGGCCAAGACCUGAGCAACUACAGUUUCUCAACAGAUGGUUUCAGUGGCUCAGGAGGCAGUGGCAGCCAUGGUUCCUCUGUGGGUGUCCAGGGAGGUGUCGACUGGAUGAGGAAGCUGGCUUUCCGCUACCGAAAAGUGAGGGAAAUCUAUGAUAAGCAUAAAAGCAACGUGGGUGGCCUCCUCAGCCCCCAGAGAAAGGAAGCACUGCAGAGACUAAGAGCAGAAAUUGAAGUUUUAACAGAUUCCUGGUUAGGAACUGCAUUAAAGUCCUUACUUCUCAUCCAGUCCAGAAAGAAUUGUGUGAAUGUUCUGAUCACAACAACCCAGCUGGUUCCAGCUCUGGCCAAGGUUCUCCUCUAUGGACUAGGAGAAAUAUUUCCUAUUGAAAACAUCUACAGUGCUACCAAAAUUGGUAAGGAGAGCUGCUUCGAGAGAAUUGUGUCGAGGUUUGGAAAGAAAGUCACAUAUGUAGUGAUUGGAGAUGGACGAGACGAAGAAAUUGCAGCCAAACAGCACAACAUGCCAUUCUGGAGGAUCACAAACCACGGAGACCUGGUGUCCCUCCACCAGGCUUUGGAGCUUGAUUUUCUCUAAGAACUGGAAUGAAGAGCCUACCCCAUGAGCUCCUUUUUGCGUCUGAAGGGAGCUAGAGACCGGAACCAGCUGGGAACUCUGUCUUUCUCCAUGGAAUGCUGGCGAGAACACAAUCACAACCAACAGCUGCAAGAGAUGAAGCUUGUCUUUGCUCAGAGUGAGCUGCAGCCCUGUGUUCCUCACCCAAAAGUGGCAGACAGUUGGAUUGAGAGAACAAUAGACUCACCACAGCUACCGUGCUUUUAAUUCUUCUGUUGUUGUUUUGUGUGUGUGUGUGUGUGUGUGUGUGUGUGUGUUUGUUUUUGUUUUGUUUUUUUGGGGUUUUUUUUUGUUGUUUUUUUUUUUGGUUUGUUUUGUUUUGAAAAAAAUGAAGAAAAAGAAAAGGAAUUUCUCGGGGCAGAGUUGCUCUCUGCGUCCAUGACCAGAUUGAGAACUGCUGUUAACUUGUGGUGAUAGGAUAAAUGCAGCAGAGUUUUGUAAUAACAUCUCUUGCAGUCUUUAUAAUCUCCUUAGCUGUAGAACAUAUUCCCAGUGAAUGUAUAUGUUAUUUUUAUAGGUAAGGAUCUGGUCUCUGAAGCAGGUUCCCCCCGCCCCUUUCUUUUUCUAUCAAGAAAGGGGUGUAUAAAGUUUCCUUGGAAAAUCAUAACUGAGAUAUCUGAGAUACCUCUCUGUGACAGGGGCACCUCUCGGCUGCUCCAGUGCUCUGUUCUCUAGGUGGGUUCCUUCCCGCUCUUCCGUCUCCUAGUUUGCUGGACUGUGGGGCAUGGGACACUGAGUAACUUUAGGUGUUGGUAGUUCCCAUUCUGGAAGCCUUAGGCACCUUCCCAAUCCCUCUUCCCCUUUCGCCAAGUGGCACAACCCUAGGAACUCCUUCUCUUAGACAGUAAAUUGUAAGCCUUCAGCUUGACUCUUAUGCAAAGAUUAUGUCCCAGGGGGCUUGUCUCAAACCGGAGAGAAGAAACUAAGGCUUCUUAGGAAUUUCUGCUUCUCUGCCUCUUGAAACAGGAAGAUUUUACCUUUUCCUCCUGCAGAGAAGGCCCUUUCCCCAACAGAUGCCCACCCUUACUGCCUCCUCCCCCUUCUUAGUCAUCAGUGAAGGGCCCUUACCCCUUCCCUGUCCUCUGUACUCACAUCCACCUCCCUGAAGCUGUGGCCAGUCCCUGGGCUUUGGACCCAAGUGGUCAAUUCACUGAGAACAGGCUCAUAAUCACAUUUUGGCCAAAACUACCAAAGGAUUUGACUUCCUUUGAAUCCUUUAAGCCCUGUGAAAGGUGUUCUGGGCAUAUAUUUACCCAGAUCAUGGCCAGAAACUGAAGAGCAGUUUUCCCAUGGAAUACGGAAUACCCUCCCGGCUUCUCAAAUCCUGUUCUAAAAUGGGAAACCAGAAGGCCAGAAAGACUUCUGAUUUAAAUGAGGUUAGACCCCCUACUCCGUGCCUGAAAACCUUAUCUUGGGCCAAAUGCAGGAACAUCUCUCAACCCGACCUCUAGGACGACUGGGGGGUGCCCAGGCACUAGUCCCAGCCUUCCAGCCCAGCUGUGCUGGUGGAUGCCCCAUCCCUCCAAGACCAACUGGGGCAUCUGCUCAGGCAGAAUAAACUUCCCUAGAGCUAAAGAAGCUCAGCAUCUCCCAGGCUGCAUAGAGAAAGGUGAUCAUACAAACACCUCAGAGAGAUGCAGUCUGGGUCCUUAGUAAGAGGCAUCCUUGACCAACCCCAGCUAUAAUUGCUUGUACUCAGAGAUUCUGCAUGUCCGUUUCCAGAGAUGUUGCAGCACAAAGGGGCCAGACUCCUUCCAAUGCCAGAUCACACAGAUAGCAGCAGAAAAAGGCUGGUGCACACAUUCCUUCAGAACUGGUUGGGAAAGUGCUUCAUGACUCCCUUUUGGGGAAGAGGUUUUUGGAGAGGAGCUCAAGUCAGCUGCCUCUUUGGCCUGUUUCCUUUGGACAAGAGAUGUGUGGUCUCGGGCAGAACUUCCCUUCGUCUGAGUUCAGCAUAGUUGCCCAGAUGCUGCUCUGCUCUGCUUGGUAAUUGAUCUUAGACAGCUCUGGGGCAGGUCUUCUGGGCAGUAUGGCUGUUGGUUUCCUGCACUGUUGGUACUGUGCUUCAGGCUUAUGAGACUGCAGAGUGGUACCCCAACAUGCACGCAGGUCCACACACGUUUUCCUCUCCCUGCCCUUUGGGAGAAGCUUUUUAUUCCUAGACUAUGACUUGGACUCCUUUUUCAAUGGCCUUUUCCCUCCUGCUCUGACUGUACAGCUUAGGUCUUUGCAAAAGGAACUUGAAAUUGGCUAAGAGGCGAGGAAGCUCUCUGAGCAGUUGCCGUCUUUGCUGUUUUCUGGUUGUUUAGAAGGCAGACAGAAAAUGGGAGCUUCCUGGCUCCUCUUUGCCAAAAUGAAUUGUCCAAGGAACACAAUGCUGUUCUUUUGACCCUGUGUUUUCCUCCUCCCGAGCACAAAGAUCUGGAAAGGAAAAUAAGUGGGUAGCACCAAGAGCUCUUGGAGGCUGAGGUCCAAAGGAUACUGUGAGUCCUUCUGUCACAGGGGAAGUCCUCUUUACCAGGAAAGAGUCCCCAUGAAAUAAACCACAUGAUAAGUCCUUUGCCCAGCUGGACACUGCGGGUUCUAUAAGAUGGGUCUGCACACUUUGUGAUGAGGGCUGGGCCGUCUCUAGUAGGGGAUCUGGAGUUAUCAGGUGUGUCCUGGGUUUAAGAGGUGGCUUUACUUUCGAAUGUAAAACUGACUGUGCCUUAGCAUCACCCUGUCCGGUGCCCCCUGGGGCAGCUGGUGGUGUCCAGGAGAAUGGAUGCCUGCUCCAGAUUUAGAUGCCUGUUUAGGCUUUUAUUUGGUUUGGGGUGUUCCUGUCUUCUGCUCUGCAAGUUGGGGGGGUGGGCAAAGCUAGUGUCCUGGGAGAUUUGUGCCACAGCUUGUUCGCAGUUUACACAAACUUGUUCGCAUUAAAGCUACAGGUAGAAUCUGAUUAGCAAACUCCAGCUGCAGCACAUGGAGCUUCUACCUUGAAUGGGUGUCAGUGCCACUGAACCAUGGCAGGGAGGAGGAGAGGUGCAGAGCCACAUUCUCCCUCUUCCUGGGAGAGCGAUGGUCUAAGCUAAGGGGUGGUGAGCUUGGGGACUUCUCACUCCUGCAGAAGGGGCAGUUAGGACCCCUCUUAAGCAGGCUUUCAUUUCUUACCACUAAAUUAGUUUUUCUUUCUCAUCCAAAAGUUGAAACUCCCUAGAUUACUCACACUGUAGGAGCCAAAUCUGAAUUCUGAGAUUCUAAAAGAUCUUAAAUCAUCAGAGAAAAUGUAGUUCUGCCCCACCUCCGAUCAGCAGGCCCCCUGGUCCCUUCCUCUCCUGAGUCAGACGGCUCUAGCAGCAAGGCGACUUGGCUAGUUCCCAAUGCACUGAUGGGAGCCAUCCCAUUAAGGACGACUUCUACUCAAAACAUGACCCUCUGGACUUCAGAUGCCUCAUUUAGCAGGAAAAGGCAUUGAUUGGAUAUAUUUAUGUGACUGCGGGCAUUUGUGGCUGUAGAGUCCUUGACCAUAAUGUUGUAUGUAAUGGGAACUAUCUUAUAAACUUGAAAAAAUAAAGUUUUUAUUUUCUA